AUGAUUUCUUCAUCCAAUUAUCCUGUUUUCCGCGUGGACAGUUUCUCCGUCUCAAACUUCAACCCAUCCUUGCCUAAAAGUUUCGCAACCGAAUGGGAAGUAAAUGUGACGGUGAGAAACCCCAAUAGCGGAUUGAAAGUAUCUUUUGAUGACAUAAAAAGCAAAGUGCAUUAUAGAGAAGAUAUUCUCUUCAGCGAUCUUCUUGCUUCAACUUCUUCCCAUCCUUUCUCAAUGGAGACAAACACAAGGACGGUAAUGCAGUCGAAGUUAUCAGCAAAUCGCACAGAUAUAGCUAUGAUGAGAAAAUCAAUUCUGGAUAAAAUGCUUAUGGACAAGAAGAACGGGAUGGUGAGCUUUAACUUACGAUUUGAUAUCAGGGCAACAUUUGACCAUGACCAAAAGGGAGAUUGGCUAUUUUCAAGGCAUACGACUAAGGACUUGAAUGUUGAGUGCAAUGACAUCAAGGUUGGUUUUGUUAAUGGUGUCUCCAGUUAUGGAAAUGCACUCAGUCGAGAUCGCCUGAACGGCCCGUUAUUUUGUGAGGUUAAUGAGGUGGAUGGAGAUGCAUUUUAG